GCUGGCUUCCCUCUCCCGCAUAUGUGUCUAGUCCUACAGUGAAGCGACUGAUACGGCGGCAAGGCGGCAGAAAAAAUUGGGGUUUAGUGCCGCUGCGAAAUGGCUGGACAGCAGUUUCAGUACGACGACAGUGGCAACACUUUUUUCUAUUUCCUCACGUCCUUUGUGGGACUAAUAGUCAUCCCAGCCACCUAUUACCUCUGGCCCCGGGAUCAGAAUGCGGAGCAAUUGCGGUUGAAGAGUUUACGAAGAGUUCAUGGAAGAUGUCUGUGGUAUCGCCUUCGGCUUAUGAAAUCACAGCAGAGCAUUGUUCCAACACUUAAAAAAGCAGCCCUAUUGUUUGGGUGGGCAGUAUUUCUUUUCCUGGCCUAUAAGGUGUCUAAAUUAGAUCGAGAGUACCAGGAGUAUAACCCCUAUGAGGUCCUCAACUUGGACGCGGGGGCAUCUGUUGCUGAGAUUAAGAAGCAGUACAGAGUUCUGUCUCUAAAACACCAUCCUGAUAAAGGUGGAGAUGAGGCCAUGUUCAUGAAGCUUGCUAAAGCUUACUCAGCUUUGACAAAUGAGGAAUCACGGAAAAACUGGGAGACAUAUGGCAACCCUGAUGGCCCAAGAGUGACGAGUUUUGGAAUCGCUCUUCCUGCGUGGAUUGUUGACCAGAAAAACUCCAUGCUGGUGCUGCUGGUCUAUGGGUUGGCUUUUAUGGUCAUCCUUCCUGUGGUUGUGGGCACAUGGUGGUACCGUUCCAUUCGCUACAGCGGUGAUCAGAUCCUGAUCAACACAACUCAGCUUUUUAUGCACUUUAUGUACAAAACACCUACAAUGAACAUGAAACGAUUGGUGAUGGUGUUGACAGCAGCAUUUGAGUUUGAUCCUCGUAGUAACAAAGAGGCCAUUAUAAGACCAACAGACAACAUAGAAGUUCCCCAGUUGAUUCGGGAGCUGGGGAAUAUUAAUGUUAAGAAGAAGGAGCCUCCGUUCUGCUAUCCCUACAGCCUGAAGGCUCGAGUCUUAUUACUUACACACCUUGCCAGGAUGGAUGUUUCUGAGAACAUAGAGGAGGAUCAAAGGUUUGUGGUGAAGAAGGGCCCUGCUUUACUACAGGAAAUGAUCAAUGUUGGCUGUCAACUCACUAUGAUGGCAACCAGUAGAGGAGGCCUUCGGGCCCCCAGGCUGACGUCCAUAGAGAACUGCAUGAAACUGUCUCAGAUGGUGGUUCAAGGACUGCAGGAGGCCAAGUCUCCUCUCCUGCAGCUGCCCCAUUUUGAAGAGGAGCACCUCCGAUACUGUAUCUCUAAAAAGUAUAAGGUGCGGACGUUGCAGGAUCUGGUCAGUCUGAGAGACUCUGACAGGAGAAACAUGCUGAGAUUCCUUGGGGAUGAGAAGUAUGAUGAGGUCAUGGCAGUCCUCGGGAGCUUCCCCUAUAUCAACAUGGAAACUAAACUUCAAGUAUUGGACGAUGAAGAUAGCAAUAACAUCACAGCAGGAUCCAUUGUCACAGUUACGGUUACCUUGACAAGGAAGAGAAUGUCUGAGAUGUUCGAGAAAGAGGAGAAUGCACCUCUACCUACAGAGGAAGCUAAUACAGAGGAGCAAGGUGAUGCCAAAAACAAAACAAAAGUUUGGCAAAAUAAGAAUAAAGGAGCUAAAAAAGCUGCCAAGUCCAAAAAGAAGAAACUGACUAAGAAGAAACCAGUCACCCAACAGCAAGCAAAAGGAGACAAGGCCAAACAGGCCAAUGGCAAUGUGGCAGGAAAUGAAGUUGCUGCAUCAAAAGAGGAAGAGGACGAUCUCUCUGAUAAAGGCAGUGAAUCCGACGAAGCAGAGGGAAAUAAGGACUCACCCAGCGAGAGAGAUGAGGAGAGUGACAAGCAGAGUGACACUGAGAUGGACGAGAUUGCCGGAGAUGAUGAGGAGGAAUGGGAGGCCCUACAACAGAGCAUUCAGCGUCGUGAAAGGGCGCUAUUGGAGACCAAGUCUAAGGUCACACACCCUGUCUACAGCCUGUACUUUCCUGAGGAGAAACAGGAGUGGUGGUGGCUCUACAUCGCAGAUAGGAAGGAGCAGACACUGGUGUCUAUGCCCAAUCAUGUGUGCACACUCAAAGACACUGAGGAGGUUGAACUGAAAUUCCCCGCUCCAUCCAAAACCGGAAACUAUCAAUAUUCUGUGAUUCUCAGAUCAGAUUCAUUCAUGGGAUUAGAUCAGGUCAAGCCACUCAAGCUGGAGGUUCACGAGGCGAAGGCCAUGUUGGAUAACCACCCACAGUGGGAUAUCCCAGAAACUGAGGAAGAAGAGGAUGACCCAGAGGACAGUGAUGGCAUUGAGGAGUCUGAGGAAGACGAAGAAGACAACGACUAAACCAGUCAUUUCAUGCAAACUUGAGCACAGCUCAUACACCCAUGUGCCCACUCAUGCGUGCACGCACACACACACACACACACACACACACACACACACACACACACACACACACACACACACACACACACGCUCCCACACACCCACAUAGCCCCAGACCGUUGCCAUCUUCUGGGCCGCCACACACCGGAGGCAAACAGGAGACAAGGACGUUGACGCCCCCUCUUCCUGUUUAAAACCCUCAUGAAUCGCAAAUCUGUCUGAACCGUUUAUUUUGCCAAUCAAAACAAGACUUAAGGAACUGUUGGUUAUCUUUCCCUGCGUUCAUCCAGUCGUUAUCGGUGGGAUGUCUCAGUGGUUAUGUGUGGGGUCCAGCUGUGUUUCAUAUUCCUCUCCACUUGACGAAAAACAUGUCUGACCAACCAAUGCGUCGGAAAAAAUAAAAACCAGAGUACCGCUGAAAAAUCACACACCUCAUGACUGUCAUUUUUCAAUGUCAUGUCCGUUUAUGCUUCAAGGGUGUUUUCUACCUUAUCAUUUUGUAGUUUAUUAGAUAUCAAAUUUACCAGGUGUUUCCACUUUUACGAGGCUGUGUGAAGUGUAAUCUGGAGUGAGCACAAGGACUUGUUACGCUCGGAGCUGCUUGAGCGAGAGUUAUGGGCGAAGGAGCCGCACCGCUGUGGGUUGCACCUCAAAUUGUCUCCAUUGUCCUGAAGUGUGGAAAUUCAAUACAUUUAUAAAUCUCACCUAUCUUAACUACUUCCAGCUUCUCAUCACGAGCACAGGUUGUCUCAGCCUCACAAAAAUGACUGCAGACAUUCCACAGCCAGGUCUACUGUUUAGUCCUGAUUUAACCUUUAAUGUUGCUUUACCUAUAACUAUUGUUCCGCUGUUUCACAAAUAAGCGGGUAGAUAUCAGACUGAUUUCUUGCCACUGUGUACUAACAUGGCCUCAUUUUUUUUUUAAACUUCCUCUAGGACAAUUCAAGUUUUUGAAUAUUGAAAUGUGAAUUUUUUUCCCCUUAUAUAUUUAUCCCACUGACUUUUUGAACUGGAAACAGAAAAUUCCCCACUGUUACUGACUGCAGUUGUUACAAAGAGUCCGUGUUUCUAGCGUGAAUGUACACAAGUACAGGUCUUUUCCCAUCAAUCUGUUGGCCAUAGGGCUUUGAAAGACAGGUGGGUGGAAUUAAAACCAAAAUAAAUGAUCAAAUGACAUAUAGGACUUUUGGCUUCCCAUAGAUCUGUAUUCCUCAGUUAUUGAUAGUUUAGCUUGAUUUUGUUUUAAUUUUUUUAUAUAUAUAUUGUUUUACAUUCCACUCUCAUCAAAUAUGAAUGCCUUAUUCAAUGUAUACAAUUUGUAGUGGCCACAAAUAUUGGAAAUGGUUUGUGAUGCAAAAACACCAAUAUAAGUGAUGGGAAUAAUCGAGGGUCAGUGUUUAUUUCUGUAAAGUGUGGAGGGAUGGCAACAGGGCUUAAAAUUAAGAGUAGAUUUUUUUGGAUAUGAUUAUUUUCGUUCCAUUUAAAUGUUAUUUUGCACCAGUGGAAGGUCUGACAGCGUAUUGGAAGUGCUGAUUUAGUGGUUGUGAAAAUACUAGUCUGGUCUUUUUAUUUAUCAAUCAGUGGGAGAGGUGACUGAUAUGAAAUUAUUUGAAAUGUAGAAAUGCGUAUGAAUGAUAAUCUCCAUUUAUUGUUAAAAAAAUGUUAUCAUGAAUUUAUGACAGGAAAUUGGAUUUUCUUGUUUGUUCCCAAUAACUAAUGUAUGUAUUUUAUAGUUACAUUUGGAAAAUUGCCAACAUCCGUAGAAAAUUAUUUGACUUAUUUCCCCUCGCGUUCAUUAGCAUAAACACAAUGUAAUCUUUAUUGACAUAAAGAAAGUGUCAUGUUCUGGCUGCAUGUAACUCACACAUUCACAACCAAUUUUAUAAAAUAAUAAAGGUUUUACAGAUAAAUAGACAUUUUAGUAUUAUAGCUCCAAAAAAGAUUGUAGCUUCAGAAUUCAUGCUGUGACUGAAGCACACAGAUUAUGAGAAAUUUCUCCGCAUACACAGAGAAACUCACCGGCCAGAAAAAGGGGUGAAUUGCCUAGUAAACAGUAUCUGCCACUUUUGUUUACAAGAAAACUGUCAUUGUAAAUGGAAAAUAUAUAUUAUUUGUAUUUAAAUAAUUUCAAAUAAAAUAACUUUUUAAAUGA